AUGGAUGGAAACCGACUCCAUGUCCAAGACAUGUUGGCCGAUGAAGCUCCGACUCCGGUUCUCUUUCUCGCGGCCUUGGAGCUCACGCUGCUGCUCCUCGCGCUGUGCUUUCCGGGAGCUGUGCCGGAAGUGGGAUUUCUUAUGCUGGCACUGCUAGCGAUGGCGCAUUUCAAGCGAGAUGUCUGGCAGCAUGUGUUCACGGAGCUCGGAGACAAAAAGCUCAAGUCAGAGAGCGACUCUGCACUUGACAGCCGCCGAUUGGCGCACAGGAAUCUGCAAAGCUUGUUCCUGGAGCUGCUGCUGCUGUCCGUUAAUGUCGCGGCGUCCUUUGUGAAGUUUUCACCAUGGAUCGCGGAAGCUUGCAGCGCGGCUCUCAUCGCUGACGCCGUGCGAGCCCUUCUGCAGACGGCAGGAACACCCCAGGCGGAAGAGCAGAAGAACACUCCUAAAGAGCCGGCACUCCAGGCUGAUCAACAGCCCGCAAGUGAUCCCGCGCCGAAAACCGCAGCGCCGACUGCGGCUCCCGAGCGGCAGCCGAAGAAGCUGAAGAACUUGGAAGUGAAUUUCUGGGCCGACCUGGAGGAAGAGGACGACUUUCAGCAGAUGCUGGCUGCGAAAGUUCGUGAGGAGGUCUCAGCACCCAAAGGCGCGCCGGCUGCUCCCAAGGCUCCGGAUGCAGAGGCUGUGGAGUCAUUGGAAGUGCCUGCUGCUCCUGCAGAUGCGGAGGACGCUGCCGGCGCAGGUGGCGAGGCGUCGAGGAAGAAGAAGGGCGCCAAAGCAGUGCGCGCAAAGCGUGGCCGAGAAGGAAAGCCGCAGCCGGAGGACUGUGGGAAUCAGUGGGCCACACGCAUUCGCCAGUGCGGCAAAAUGAAGGACUUGCAGGGCGCUUUGGCCGCCAUGGAAGAGGCCGUUGCAGCUGGAGUUUCCAGCCGUCAAAACCAGGAAGUUCAGAAUGCCUUGCUGCACAGCCUGGUCCAGUGCGGUGAUGCUGCUGGAGAUACUGCCUCAGAUCUCUUCAACCGGCUGAAGGAAGAGAAGAAAGCAGAUGUGGUGACGUUUAACAUCAUGCUGCGGUCCCUGCUCAGUGCAGGGAAGCGCGAAGAGGCGCAAGCUCUUCUCAAGGAGAUGAAUGAGCAUGGACUCUCUGCCAACAAGGUGACAAUAGCUGAGCUGCUUAGUGAUCGAGUCCGGGCUGACGAUGCAGACGGGAUAUGGCGCAUAGUUGACUGGAUGAAGAAUACCGACUUUGGCAUUACGAACGCGGCAUGCUCUAUCCUGCUCAAAAGGAUCACCAGCGAGACCGUUGCGGAUGAGGUCGACCGUUCCUUUGCCCUCAUCGACCAGCUGUCGGAGCCUGUGGAUGAGGCACUCUGUUCGCAGGUGAUCGAGGCAGCGAUUCGAACCAGUCGGCCGGCUGUGGCGAACAAGUUCAUGGAAAUGUUGGGUUCGCUUCGCAACAAGAAGAGCGGUGGCUCCAGCGCCGCGACCUUCGGCUCCAUGAUCAAACUCCACGGCCAGAACCGGGAUCUGCAGCAGGUCUGGUCCACAUGGAAUCUGAUGCGUGAGAAGGGGGUGAGCCCAUCAUCCGUCACCCUCGGAUGUAUGGUGGAAGCCCUCGUGAAUUGCGGAGCAGUGGAUGACGCGGCUUCCCUGGUGCACCAGACGGCAGCAGAUGGACUGGGCUUCAUCCUCAACACCGUCAUCUACUCUUCCGUCAUCAAGGGCUUUGCCCAAGCCAAGCAGCCCGAGAAGUGCUUCGACGUGCUGGACGAGAUGGAAGAGCAAGGAAUCCCUGGCAACACGAUCACCUACAACACUCUGCUGGACGCAUGUGCCAAGUGCGGCACCAUGUCGCGAGUGCCGGCGGUGUUCGAAAACAUGAGGCAAAGGCAAGUUGAACCGGAUCGGAUCACGUAUUCGACGCUCAUCAAAGGCUACUGCGUCGCAGGCGAGCUGGACUGUGCCUUCAAGCUCUUUGAAGAGCUGAAAGCAGACGGCAAGCUGGACUUGGAUGAGAUAGUGUACAACUCGCUCCUCGACGGUUGCGGACGGAAGCAGAAACCCCAGAAAGCAAUGGAAUACUUGCAGGACAUGAUCAGUGCAGGAAUUCCACCCUCCAACUACACGCUCAGCAUCAUGGUCAAACUUCUGGGCCGCGCCCGGCGGCUCAACGAUGCGCUCAAGCUGGCAAGUGACUACCAGAAGGACUUCGGAUUGAAACUGAACGUCCAGGUCUUCACCUGCUUGAUGCAAGCAUGCCUUCUGAAUAAGAAGGUGCCGAAGGCCAUGCAGAUCUACAAUGACAUGAUCAGUGAGCUGGGACGUUUACCAGACCGGAAAGCCCACACGGUACUGGUGGAUGGCUGCAUCCAAGCUGCCGCCUUUGCCGAGGCGACUCAGGUCGCACGAAUCGCGUAUGACCUGCAGAAGCCGGAGGUAGCGGUGAGAUUCCGCUCAGAUGAACCUGUCGGUGUGGACAUGAAGACCUUGUCCGACCUGGCCGGGAAGGUGCGUGGAGGGAAAGUGGAUCGCAGGACGGCGGAUCUCGUGCUCGAGGUGCUGGACGUGGCAGAUCCUAGUGGAAAGUUGCGAGGCAAAGCGAGCUCGGGAGACUGGGCGGAGCAGGAGGCCAAGGUGGAGGAGGGCUGGCAAAAGGCUGGCAGCCGCGGCAAAGCAUGGCAAGAGUCCGGAUACGAAGCGUGGGACAAGCAGGGCUCGCGAGGUGCGAAAAAUGGCUACUCAAACAGAUCUGGAUCAGAGCACAGUGGAUGGAAUUCCGGCUGGGAUUCUUGGAAUUCCUCCACCAACGCUUCACAGGCGUGGAGAGGCGAUGCAAAAUCUUCUCGGGGCAAAGGCAGAUCCCGAGGCUGA